GCGCCGCCUCAAGAUGUACAACACGAGGCCAGUUCGCGACCGCAAGGGAAAGGUUUUGACCAACGAAUAUCAGUCUAAGGAGCUUCCCAGCACGCGAAUCCAACCUGAUCGCCGUUGGUUCGGGAACACUCGGGUUGUGAAUCAGAAAGAGCUUGAGUUCUUCAGAGAAGAGCUGCAGAGCCGCAUGUCGAGUAAUUACAAUGUUAUUCUGAAGGAGAAGAAAUUGCCACUGUCACUCCUCAACGACCACCAAAAGCAAUCAAGGGUUCACCUUCUUGAUAGACAGCCUUUUGAGGAUGCAUUUGGACCUAAGUCUAAAAGAAAGCGCCCCAACCUCUUGGCGGCUGAUUAUGAGUCCUUAGUUAAGAAAGCUAAUGGUUCUCAAGGUAAAACUGCUUCUCUAUAA